GAGGCUGCACGUCUGCGACUGCGACUGCGACUGCGCUGCACUGCACGCACUGCAACUGCACGCCCUGCGCUCGCCCUCUCACCACCGGCCACGCACGUCGCGCACACGCGCAACGCACACACGCUGCAAUUUCCCCGGCGCAGCGUGCUGUGUACACGACCGCCCCUCAGCAAUCACCGCUGCGGCGCAACGCUGACCGCUGAAUCGCUCAGCGCCCCAUCAGGCUAGCCACUCACGGCUGCGGGGAACACCUCGGACCCUGGAUCUCUCAUCUCAUUUCACCCAAGAGCCUCAGCGCCGAUCUGAGCGCCCUGCCCUGACCGCACACCAGUGCUCAACAGUGCGCAACACUGCAGCCCAGACACGCCGGCCACACUUCACCAUGGCGACGGACCCGGCCCAGCCGACUGCGGAUGUACCGCGGACCGGUGGUUACACGCGCUUCGAGCUCGAACUCGAGUUUGUGCAGUGCCUCGCGAAUCCCGCCUAUCUCAAUUUUCUGGCUACCCAGAAGCUGUACGAGAAGCCCGACUUCGUGGCCUAUCUGGCCUAUCUGCAGUACUUCAAGGAGCCCCGAUACGCAAAGUUCCUGCACCACCCUGGGCCGACGCUCUGGGCGCUAGAGCUGCUGCAGCAGGAGCGCUUUCGCCGCGAGAUUCUGAACCCUGGUCUCAUGCAAAAGCUGGUCGUUGAGGGCCAGCGGAAUGCGGUGCCAGUGCAGCAAGACUGAUCGUGAGCUGCAUUCUUGAGAGCCAAGGUCUUGAUGCCGAGCACCGAAACUUUCAAAGCUCUGCAGAAGGCAUGCUUGGUGAUAUGUCGUUGGGCUCAGACUGCAUGCACGUUAUUAGCGAGACUUAUAUGAGCGAGUCUACUGCCGGAAAGGCAGGUCUCACGACUCGACACGAGACCAGCGACAGCGGAGAAACCUCCUAAAAUGCAGUGUUCAUGCAUGCGCGCCGUGCAGUCCCAGAAUUGGUAGGCCAUUGUUACGCUCAGACUGGCUCGUGUAUGUUCUGUUUUCGGCGAACCGUCCUAAAAGCAGAUGGAGAGCGUGCACACGUUAAUUAGAGUACCACAACAGAGACCGCGCCUGGCCAUUUCAUAAAAUGCCCGCCAGCAUGCAAGCUAUGUCUAUCGUCAAUAGCAACAUUAUCCACAACACA